CGGGGCCCAGGGACCCGGAGCGCCGCGGAGCGCCGAGGCGCCGGGUACAAACCACUGGGAUUCAGGCGAGUUUACUUUGCUCCGUGGGAACUGCACCAGAUCUGGAGGUCUGAAAAAGAACUGUGUUUGAUAUGCAGAUAUGAUAGAAGACUGCCUGAAAGCUGCUUCCUUUGCCACUUCCUGUGGAGGCCUGUCUUUGCCAUUUGCGGUUUCUUUCUUCUUUUGGAGACAUAACCUCUUGAAAAAAACAUCUGGAGGCUCCCAUUGGUGCAGAUUGCAGGAUUUGACUUCCAGAGGGCAUGUGACAUGUGAGCUGCCACCCUCUUGAGCUUCCUUUGCUUCCUUUUACAAUUUGUGGGGUGAGCCCACAGUGUGUCUAAUGCUGGUUGCCUGAGUUUUUCACUUUCUUUUCUACCCCGUGACCUUGAACAUGAUUACUUAACAGUAUUCUGGAUUCCACAGGUGGAUUUAGAGUGGAAUUCUCUAAAUCCUUUAGACUCCCCUCUCAAACUUCCUGGGACCUUAAUGUUAUGCUAGAGAUUUAUUCAUUUCUCUCUUUAAGUAGUACAGUAAUUUAUAAAUGGUGAGUUUUAUAUGCUCAAAAACUAUUUUAAAAAGUCUUUUAUCUUUUAAUUGUGUAUAAUUUCCAGGCUGAAUGACACAUGCUAACAUUAUCCUUUUUAUUGUAGGUCAGCACCUUGCAAGGAGGUGGUAACAUCCAGUCGUGAAACUGGGAAAAGCCAGAGCUCUUGGAUCAGGGAAACAUGUCCCGUCGGAAACAGACAAAUCCAAAUAAAGUUCACUGGGAUCAAGUAUUUGCUGGGCUAGAAGAGCAAGCCCGCCAGGCGAUGAUGAAAACUGAUUUUCCUGGAGACCUUGGCAGUCAGCGACAAGCUAUCCAACAACUAAGAGAUCAGGACUCCAGUAGCAGUGACAGUGAGGGAGAUGAAGAAGAGACCACACAAGAUGAAGUCUCUUCCCAUACGUCAGAGGAAGAUGGAGGAGUGGUCAAAGUGGAAAAAGAGUUAGAAAAUGCAGAACAGCCUGUUGGUGGAAAGAAAGUGGCAGAGCGUGAGGUCACGGAGAAUUUGCAUCCUGACCCAUUACUUGGACUCUGCCAAUGUCCCCUCUGCCAGCUCGACUGUGGGAGUCGGGAGCAGCUGAUUGCUCACGUGUACCAGCACACUGCAGCCGUGGUGAGCGCCAAGAGCUACAUGUGUCCUGUCUGUGGCCGGGCCCUCAGCUCCCCAGGGUCACUGGGUCGCCACCUCUUAAUCCACUCAGAGGACCAGCGGUCGAACUGUGCUGUGUGUGGAGCCCGUUUCACUAGCCAUGCCACGUUUAACAGUGAGAAACUCCCUGAAGUCCUUAAUAUGGAAUCCCUACCGCCAGCCCACAGUGAGGGCCCCUCCAGUGCCGAGGGGAAGGACAUUGCCUUUACUCCUCCAGUGUACCCUGCUGGAAUUCUGCUUGUGUGCAACAACUGUGCUGCCUACCGGAAGCUGCUGGAAGCCCAGACCCCCAGUGUCCGCAAAUGGGCCUUGCGUCGGCAGAAUGAGCCUUUGGAAGUCCGGCUGCAGCGACUGGAACGAGAGCGCACAGCCAAGAAGAGCCGGCGGGACAAUGAGACCCCUGAGGAGCGGGAGGUGAGGCGCAUGAGGGACCGAGAAGCCAAGCGCCUGCAGCGCAUGCAGGAGACAGACGAGCAGCGGGCACGCCGGCUGCAACGAGAUCGGGAGGCCAUGAGGCUGAAGCGAGCCAACGAGACCCCUGAGAAGCGGCAGGCCCGGCUCAUCCGGGAGCGGGAGGCCAAGCGGCUCAAGAGGAGGCUGGAGAAAAUGGACAUGAUGUUGCGAGCUCAGUUUGGCCAGGACCCUUCUGCCAUGGCAGCCUUAGCAGCCGAAAUGAACUUCUUCCAGCUACCUGUGAGUGGGGUGGAGUUGGACAGCCAACUCCUGGGCAAGAUGGCCUUUGAAGAGCAGAACAGCAGCUCUCUGCACUGAAGCCACACCCUCCUGCCUGCCUUCCCGCUCACCACCCACCUGAGCCCACAGGGAUCCUCACUCAGUCACCCUCAGAUCCUGUCCUUGCGGCGGAGGCAGGCCCGGGUUUGUUGCAGGUGGACCUGCAUACCCCUUGCAUGUGGGAGCAGGAUGAUGGGGUCAGGUGGGACCUGGCUCCAGGCAGCUGUGGACAAGGGAGCAGGCACUCCAGACACUUCAACUCUCCAGCCCACUGCUGCAAGGUCUGCGUAUGGGACUGUGGGGUCCCAGUGUGGCCCGCGGAGUUACGAGGGCAAAUAAAUUAAUUUUAUCUUUA